ACGAACGUCAGGCAGCGAGCAGAGCCGGGGCUGCGGAGGGGCCCGUCGACCCCGAGCGGAAACGGCGGUGACUUCCUUCGGAGGCGCCCAAGUCCUCAGAAUGCCUCCCACGCAAGCUGAAAGUGUUAUAAAGAACAUCAUACGGGAAAUAGAGAAGGAAUGUGCAGCCCAUGGAGAAAUUGUUUCUGAAACUCUGGUUGCUUUCAUGGUGAAAGCCGUUGUCCUGGACCCCAGCAAUGGCUUUAACACGGAUAGAACCCUCAUAAAAAGUGACGUGCAGAAACUUGUGAAGCUCUGUGUGACUCGGCUAUUGGAUAGUAAGAAUCCAUCCCUGGAUACUAUUAAGAUGCAAGUCUACUUCGAUAUGAAUUACACAAGUCGAGGAGAAUUUCUUGAAGAACAUCACCGGGUCCUAGAGUCUCGAUUGAGCUCAGUUAGCAGAGAAAUUACAGAUAACAGAGCAUGUGCCAGAGAGGAACUGGAAAAUCUCUACCGAAAGAUUGUCAGUUAUGUGUUACUUCGCUCUGGGCUUGGGUCUCCUACAGACAUCAAGAUUGUCAGAGAGACAACAGCUGCCCUCCAGAGCGUUUUUCCUCAGGCUGAGCUAGGAACAUUUCUAACUCUUAGUCGGAAGGACAAGGAACGCCAACUGGUGGAGCUCACCUUGAUUGUGACUGGAAUCCGCUUAUUUAACCGGGACUGUGGGAAAGGAGGAGAAGGCAUUGACAACUUGCCAGAGAUUCUCCGUGAAGCAAUCCCUGCCACCACUCACCACAUUGACUGCCAGCUUCAGAUUGCCCAGGACCUUGCAUAUAGAUACACAGCUAUCCUGGAGAAAAUCACAAAGAACCCACUCUUAAUUAAAGAGUUUCAGCCACUUCUGUUAAAGGAAGCACUAUACAAUGUUCGACAAUAUGAGAUUUUCCUUCAGAUUAUUUUGUCAGAUAUAAUUGGUUGUGCUCAAGAAGUGGAAAAGAUGAUAAGGCAGUUAGGAGCCCAGAUGGAACAAUUAAAAAUGACUGUAAAGUCAAAAACAGCUGUCCCAACCUCACAAGUCUUUCCCAUCUUCACAGUACUGGCCAGCCUUUGGACAAGCUUUCAGGAUGAGACUGUUUUGAUUAGUGUCCUCAGUAACCUGACCACACACCUGGAGCCAUUCCUGGGCACUCAUGAACUGCUUUUUCCUCACAAAGUCAUGAAAGAGCUUCUUAAAGAUGUGACUGUGAAGACAGAUGUGUACAGAAUCAAAGAACACAUGGAGGAAAGAGUAUCUUCAGUGGACAUCAGAAAACUGGAAUGGCUUUUUCCAGAAACCACAGCAAAUUUUGAUAAAUUGUUAAUUCAGUAUCGUGGAUUUUGUGGAUACACAUUUGCUACAACCGAUGGUCUUCUCCUUCCAGGAAACCCAGCAAUUGGAAUUUUAAAAUACAAAGAUAACUAUUACACUUUCAAUACCAAAGAGGCUGCAUGCUUAUUUGCAGACAAUCCUGAAAACUUUAUUAAUUUAAUUAAAGAAAAGGCCAAGAAGAAUGCAGAGUUAAUCCAGCUACUGGAACUUCACCAGCAGUUUGAAACCCUCAUUCCAUAUUCACAGAUGAGAGAUGUUGACAAGCAUUACAUAAAGCCAAUCACCAAGUGUGAAAGCAGCACACAGACCGACACCCACAUAUUGCCACCCAACAUCGUGCGGUCCUACGAGUGGAACGAGUGGGAACUAAGAAGAAAAGCCAUAAAACUGGCUAAUUUGCGUCAGAAAAUGACUCACUCGGUACAAACUAAUCUUAGUCACAUGAGAAGAGACAAUUACUCACAGGUGUACCCUUCCAAGGAGGCAAGUACACAGACCUUGCGGGAGAACAGCACUGGCGUGCCCAGGCCCCAGAUUUACAUAGCGGGUCUUCGCGGAGGGAAAAGCAAAACCACCUACGGGGUCAAGGUCAACCUCACUCGAGCGGUGGAUGAAACCUAG